GGGCAGGGGGCGGCUGUUGUCACUCUGUGGUUGGCUGGCGGGCGGCGCUGUGUGGAUGUGUGCACUAACCACCAUACACCGGGGGAGCAUGCGGCUGUUGGUGUGCCUGGUGGUGGCCGUGACGGGCGUGGUGGCUGCCCAGGAUGGCAUUAACAAGGACCUCAUCAACAAGAAGAUCGAAAGGAAGCUGGACAUUUCAUCCCAGCUGGUUAAGGUGACGCAGAAGAUCACACUGGAGAAUGGCGGGCCCGCGCCGGUAAGGGCCUUUCUGGUCACCCUCACCCAGGUGGAGAAGGACAAGCUGUCAUACAUGAACGUGCAGUCUGGCAGCUCUGUCCUAAAAGUAUCAGAGGCUCAGGUUGCUGAGCAUCGAGACCUGGCCUUCUUCCGGGUGGACCUGCGAGACCCAUUGCAGCCUGGGAAGACUGCCAAUGUGGAGGUGGAAAUGAUAAUGACACAGUUGCUGGAGCCGUACCCUGCCUACAUCCAGCAGGGAGAGAAGCAGCUGGUGCGCUACACUGGCAACCACUAUGUGCUCACCCCCUACACCACCACCACACAGACCACCACUGUCACCCUCCCGUCCCCAAACAUUGAAUCUUACUCUCGCCUCAAGCCCACCACCCACACUGACACCUCCAUCACCUAUGGUUCCUAUGAAGGUGUGGCUGGCUUCACUGUGGAUCCAAUGACUAUCCACUAUGAGAACAACUCACCUUUCCUGAUGGUCAGCAAGCUGGAGCGGAUCAUUGAGGUGUCUCACUGGGGGAACAUUGCUGUGGAGGAGACUCUUGAUGUCCUUCACACUGGUGCCAAACUCAAAGGACCAUUCUCUCGCUAUGACUACCAGCGGGAACACAAUAGCUACUCCAGCAUCAAAUCUUUCAAGACGAUCAUCCCAGCAUCUGCCAAGGACGUAUAUUACCGGGAUGAGAUUGGCAACAUUUCCACGUCACACAUGCGCAUCCAGGAUGAUGCUGUUGAGCUAGACUUGAGGCCAAGGUUCCCUCUCUUUGGGGGAUGGAAGACCCAUUAUAAAAUUGGCUACAAUGUGCCUUCAUAUGAGUAUCUUUACAGCUCUGGUGAUGAAUACAUUUUGAAGAUGAGGAUUUUGGACCAUGUCUUUGAUGACGUUACAAUUGAUGAACUGAAGCUGACUGUUAUCCUGCCAGAGGGAGUUCGUAACGUUGCUUUUGAGACUCCUUACCCCAUGGAGCGUCUUCCUGACACUGUCCACUACACAUACCUGGACACAGUGGGUCGUCCUGUAGUCUCUGUCACAAAGAGAAAUCUAGUGGAAAGUCACAUCCAAGACUUCACACUCCACUACAAGUUUCCUGCUAUCCUUAUGUUGCAGGAGCCCCUUCUUGUUGUCAUUGCUUUCUUCAUCCUCUUCCUGACGGUUAUUCUGUACGUGCGUCUCGACUUGACUCUAAGCAAGGAUGAUGCGACGGAGGCAAAGAUGAGAGUGUCUUCCCAUUGUGAGCAAGUGCACACCCACCAUGAGAAGCGAGCACGUCUCUAUGAAAAGCUGGAGGAGGAGAUACAGAAACUGAAGAGCUCAAAGGAUGUCACUCACUCACAGACUGCUACCAAGAAGAUACAAGGCAGCAUCCGUGAUGAGACCCAAGCCAUCUCCGAUUUGUCUGCAAAGAUUCGCCUUGAUAAUGCAGAGUAUGCUGAGAAGGUGGCUGAACUCCAGAAGCUUGACAAGACGUUGCGUGAAAGUGUGGUGCAGCAGCUGACCAAUGUGGAGAAGCUGGUGGCUGGCAAGAUGAGCAAGCAGCAGUACAUGGAUGCUGAGGCACCACUGCACAAGAAGAAGGAAGAAGCUCUUGAAAAGAUCAAGGUGCUGCUGGGCAACAUUUGAGUUUUUUUCCUCUAAUACAAAAGCCAGUGCUUACAAGACUGCCAUUCCAUUUAACUGCUCUAUAAAAACAACUUUUCUGUGAUGUGUUCUGCAGUGUUGUGCUAGUGGAUGGCCAUUGUUGGAGAGUACAGGUGGGGUUCUGUUGGUGAGCCCAUUGCUAGGGAAACAGAUUUUUCUUUGUGUGCUUGUUUAAUUUUUCAUGACAUGAUUGUUUUCUACGUAAGUGCAGAUGUGGUGGUGUUUUAUUGAGAUCAGUGACAAAUUAUUUUCCUGAUUUGCUUACACCUUAUAAAUUCAUAGAGGGAAGACAUGUUAGUGUAAGGAGGGUUGUUAAUAAAAAAAAAUAAAUAUAAAA